AUGGCCAUUAGACAAAGCAAAUACAAGCAUGUUUUUGGCAAAGCGUUAAAACGCGACGAAUGUUAUGAUUGUAUUCCUAUUACAAGAAGCACUCAUGACACUUCAUUCUGCGCUGUUAACCCAAAGUAUCUCGCCAUUAUCACGGAAACAAGUGGUGGUGGUGGAUUUGCAGUGAUUCCUAUCAACCAGGUUGGCCGAAUGCCUAACACGCUGCCAAUGGUUGCAGGCCAUACUUCUGCGGUUCUGGAUAUUCAGUGGUGUCCUCACAAUAAUAACAUCAUUGCCAGCGCUUCUGAUGAUUGUACAGUCAAGAUUUGGGAUAUUCCUGAAGGCGGAAUCGGGAAAGAUCCUCUGACCGAUGCGAUUUCCACAUUAAUUGGCCAUCAGCGAAGAGUAUACCUUGUACAGUGGCAUCCUACUGCUCAGGGCAUUAUCGUAUCUACAGGAGCUGAUAAUAUUCUUAUUAUCUGGGAUUCAUUGAGUCAAAGCCAAUUGAUUUCUGUGGAGUUUCCCAACCUUGUCACGUGCUUGAGUUUCAGUUACAAUGGCUCUAAACUCGCGGCUUGUUGCAAAGAUGGUGUAACGCGUAUCAAAGGCAUCUGCCAUGAAGGCAAGAAACCUCAAAUGUGCGUUUUUUUGGAGGAUGAUAGACUCUUUACCACGGGAUUUUCAAGGAUGAGCGAACGACAACUUGCUCUUUGGGAUUCUGGCAAUCUGGAUGACUGUCUUUGGCGUCAGGAUCUUGAUAUUACAAAUGGUGUUCUCUUUCCCUACUACGACCCCGAUACUCAAAUGAUCUUUAUUUGCGGAAAGGGUGAUAGUACCGUGCGCUACUUUGAAUACUCCCCGCAAGACAAGCAGGUCUACUACUUGAAUCGCUACGACAGCUCCGAUCCUCAGCGUGGUUUCGCCUUUAUGCCAAAGCUGGGACUCAACGUCUCCGUAUGUGAAAUUGCUCGUCUAUACAAACUCCACAACAAGAAUUGGUGUGAGGUAAUUUCCUUCACAGUGCCUCGAAAAUCGGGUCUCUUCCAAGAGGAUCUCUAUCCUGAUACUCUCGCUCCAGUUGCUGCUCUUACUGCCGAUGCCUGGCUGGCUGGAGAAAAUGCGGAUCCCAUCAAGUCUAUGCUGGUGAACCAAGGUGGUGACAAUCGUUCGGUUAAUAUCAGACACAGCAACACACCUUCUUCACACUUGGAAUGCUCCACUGUGAUUGAUCAGAUGUCUCAACUGAUCGAUCGACUUAAUACCCGAAUUCAGGAGUUGGAAACGAGGGUCACCAGGCUGGAGAGGAAUCCUACUGGAAGAAAUGACAGCCAUCGGCAUACUGACAGUGAAAAUGGAAACGAGGAGGAACCAACCUCUGAACGCAUCUGA